AGUUCUUGAUUCUCUCUCUUUCUUGAGCUUUUCUUCUUCUUUCUUUCUCUCUUCUUUUAAAAUCUAUAUUUGUUUUUGUUUUGUUUGUUGAAUUAAACAAAGACAUUUUUUUUUAAUUUAUAAACAAAGACAUUUAAAAUGGAAAAAAAAAACAGAAAUAACUAACUUUGUAACGAUUUUUUCGUUUAGUUCUCUUUAGUUUGUUCACCGGCGAUGCCUACGCCGGUUAUUACGGCCAGGCAAUUCUUGACACCCGAAGCAGCCCAUGCGCUAGAUGAAGCUGUGAAUGUCGCCCGCCGGAGAGGUCAUGGACAAACGACGUCGCUUCAUGCUAUAUCCGCUUUGAUCUCUCUGCCUUCUUCCAUUUUACGUGACGCUUGUGCCUGUACGAGGAACUCGGCCUACUCGUCUCGCCUUCAAUUCAAAGCGCUUGAGCUUUGCCUUAGUGUUUCACUUGACCGAGUUCCGGUGAAUCAGCUAAGUGACGAACAGCCGGUGUCGAACUCUCUCAUGGCGGCGAUAAAACGUUCUCAGGCUAAACAGAGGAUUCAGCCGGAGAAUUUCCACUUGUAUCACCAAUUAUCGCAGCAGCAAUCCUCCGCUUCAAUGUCGUGUAUAAAAGUGGAGCUCCAGAACCUGAUUCUAUCAAUCCUCGACGACCCAGUUGUGAGUCGGGUUUUCGAAGAAGCGGGCUUUCGGAGUUCCGAAAUCAAGCUCGCUGUUGUCCGUCCCCUAACUAACGUUUUCAAAUUCUUGCGUUUCGAAGGCCCUCCCAUGUUUCUCUGUAACUUGUGUGAUAAUUCGGAUAUGGGUCCUGGUAGGAGGGGUUUUAGCUUUCCUUUUUCGGAUUCUACCGGGUCUUUCAAUGGAGAUGAGAACUGUAGGAGGAUUGGCGAGGUCCUUGUGAGAAACAAAGGGAGGAAUCCCCUACUUGUUGGUAUAUGUGCUUAUGAUACACUUGCAAAUUUCAGUGAGGUAAUGGAGAAAAGAAAAGAGAACAUUUUGCCUGUGGAGUCAACUGGAUUAACUGUGACUUGCAUUCAAAGUGAUAUUACAAAGUUUAUAAGUGAAAAUUUCGAUAAAGGGUGUGUGGAUUUCAGAUUUGAGGAAGUGGGUCGAUCUGUGGAACAAAAUUUGGGACCUGGAUUGGUGGUGAAUCUGGGGGAUUUGAAGGUAUUUGUUAAUAGCGAUGAUGGUAAUAGUAGUGGUAAUGGUUCGAGUGAUUCAGUGACCUAUGUGGUUGAAAAAUUGACAAGGUUGUUGCAACUGAAUGGAAGGAAAGUGUGGUUUAUAGGAGCAACAGCAAGUUAUGAGGGUUAUUUGAAGUUUGUUAGUAGAUUUCCUUCCAUUGAAAAGGACUGGGAUUUGCAGCUUUUGCCUAUCAUUUCUUUCAGAGAUUCCAUGGCUGAAUCUUACCCCAGGUCCAGCUUGAUGGAAUCAUUUGUUCCAUUUGGUGGGUUCUUUUCUACAUCUUCAGAGUUGGAAAGCUCCUUAAGCAGCUCUUACCCAUGCAUGUCCCGCUGUCAUAUGUGCAAUGAGAAGUGUGAACAAGAAGUACUUGCUGUUUCAAAAGGUGGGUUUGUUGCAUCAGUAGCAGAUCAGUACCAAUCCAAUUUAUCUUCUUGGUUGAAAAUGGCUGAACUUGACACAAACAAAGGAUUGGAUGGGAAGACAAGAGAUGGAGUGGUAUUGAGUGUCAAUACUGCAGGCCUGCAAAAAAAAUGGGAUAGCAUAUGCUGGCGUCUUAAUCACACCCAAUCAGCUGGGUCAAACACUCACCCUUCUCAUUUUCCAACUGUUGCUGGCUUUCAGCUUGUUGAAGGCAAAAAGGAAGUUGCUGAAAAGUGUAGCAGCAACAGUACGAUUGCACCACCAAAUGAAAGUAGGUGCACGAAUGUCCCCAUUGAUCUGCAGAAGAUUUCAAGAAAGCAAUUAGGUGUUCCUUUGUCUGUAGUUUCUGAGCUGAACGCUGAGAGUGUCCUAUCCAAACAAUGGAAAAAACCUUCAAAAGAAGAUUUUGAGUCAGGUGGUCUUACAUCUCCUUGGAGUUUUUCCAAUUCAAGCAUGGCUGAUGGCAGUCGAGCAUCUCCUUCAUUUGUGACUUCUGUAACGACUCAUUUGGGCUUGAGAAUAAGCCCUGUUUCUACCAGCAAUGAGCUGAAGAAACCUGUAAACAAAAAUCACACAGAGCUUCCACUGGAGUUAACAGGUUCCCUUAUGACGAACAUUGAUGUUGGCAAUGGGAGCAUCUCUGACUAUCUGGCUGAAUCAUCAUCCCCAUCUUCUUCUCUUGAUUUUGGCGGGCAGUUUGAUCCUGGUAGUUUCAAGUUGCUUUUCAGAGCUCUAACUGAGAAAGUUAGCUGGCAAGAUGAAGCUUUACAUGUUAUCAGCGAAACAAUUGCCUGUUGCAGGACAAGAUAUGAAAGAAGCCAAGGAACAACUCUGAGACAGGAUAUAUGGUUCAAUUUCCACGGACCCGAUAGCUGUGGUAAGAAGAAAAUUGCUGUUGCUUUGGCCGAGAUAAUAUAUAGAAGCAAGGAAAACUUAAUAUCUGCAGAUUUAAGUUUCCUUGAUGGGUGGAUUCACAUUCACAACCAAGAAGUGCAAGGAUAUGAUGUAACGUUUAGGGGGAAGACUGUAAUUGAUUAUGUUGCUGGAGAGCUGCGCAAGAAGCCCUUAUCUGUUGUCUUUCUUGAAAAUGUAGAUAAGGCUGAUGUGCGGGCUCAGAAUUGCUUAUCCCAUGCUAUUCGGACUGGUAAAUUUUCAGAUUCGUAUGGAAGAGAAGUUGGAAUAAACAGUGCAAUAUUCGUGACGACUUCAACAUUUACAGAUGAUAAAUUUCUCUCUUCCAGGAAGGAUUUCUCUGCCUAUUCUGAGGAAAGAAUAUUGAGAGUACAGGGCCAGCCAAUGCAGAUGUUAAUUGAACAAGCUUCUGCCGAUAACAUGGGACAAAUUUUGAAUCUUUCAAUCACAAAGAGAAAAGCCAUAUCUAGUACAAUCCUUGUGAAUAAAAGGAUGAUAAUUAGUAAGAAUCAAAAUCCAGGGCAGCAUGAAAUUUCGGAAGUUGUUAAACAGACUCCUAGGAAUCUAGAUUUGAACCUUCCUGCGAAAGAGAAUGACGAGCAAGGCACUGAUGAUGGAAAUUCUAAUAAUGACUCUAUGUCAGGUAACUCCAAGGCUUGGUUGCAAGAUUUCUUUGAUCAGGUGGACAGAAUAGUGGUUUUCAAGCCUUUUGAUUUUGAUGCUUUUGCGGAGAGACUAUUUGACAGAGAUCAAUGAGAGUUUCCACAAUAUCCCUAAGUUAAAAUGUAA